AUGCAGCAAAGCUUAUGGAAGGAUAUAGAGGCACAACUGCAGAAGUUUAUGAAACAUUUGAAAGCGGAAGACAUGGACGAUAUGUAUUCUGCGAAUUGCAACCACACUCCAUGGCAGCGCCUGGAUUACCCGACUGAGACCACCGCCGCAGUUCCAAGCAUGCGUGACAAAGUUAUAUGCACACUUAUGACAAGGGCAUUGUAUUUUGCAAAUGGUUGGAGCACAGCACCAGACAUGCAUACGCCAGAUCAUAGUGGCGGGAAGACAGAAUUGAAGGAUUUUAUAAGAUGCGGAAUUGUACUUAUGUUUAUGCACAUCUUGGAAGAAUCCGUGUGUAACAGUAAGUCGGGCAUUUCGUAUGCGUGGCACUUAAUGGACAAAAUGGGGCCGGAAUGGAUGGGGGCGAAGAACCUAAUACAUAGGAAGCAGUGCACGCAUAAUUUAGAAGUACACCUACAAGUGGGUGAGUGGAGCAUGCAACAUGCAGUGAAGAAGUGGUUGCAACGCAAUGCAGACAUACAGAACACACUGAAAGGAAACAGCUUAGGCCAGAAUUGUGGUAUUGCAGUGCCAACAACUAAAGGAAGCAAGCAAGAUGCAAAGGCACAAGACGAGGCGGACACUUUGCAGAAAAUAAAGAACGUUGGCGGGAAUUUACAGAAAGCACUGAGGACGGUAUUCAAGACAAUUAAAAAAGAAGUGAAGGAAGCACGGAUAUCGGAAGAAGGCAGCAGUGAGGCCGAGUCCCCUGAACCAGAGUCGGACGAUGAUGACGAUGAGCAGGAGGACGCGAAUGGUAAGAAGAGUAAAGCAACAGAGUGA